GAGUAAGGGCUGGCUCUGGAAAUCUGCUUGUAUUAGUUGUUUGUUAUGUUUAUUUGUUAGUUGGUAUCUAAAACAAUAUAUAAGCCUACAUUUAGGUAAUAUUUUAGGACACUCUUGUCUUCACUGGACCUCUCUGAAAAUGAAUAAAAGAACAACUCAGAAAAUGGACACAGGAGUGGGACAAAGAAAGACUGAUAAUAUCUAUGAAAAUGCUGAUGCUAUAAGAGGUGAAAUCACAAUGGAGAUAGAAGACUCGAACACAACAAGAAUCCAGCCAUCUCAACACACAGGUACAGAGUUAUGAAAAAUAAUAGCACAGGAACAAACCAUCAAAGAGAGUGAGCAGUUAUGUACCUGUGCUGUAUUAAAUGCUAGUGUAGGAACUAACAUCAUGUCUGUGUUGCUCAGGAAGUGAUUCAGUGAAGAUCAGAAACUACAGAUCAGCUGUAGUGUUUUUGAUGCUGCUGUGUGUUCUUCUGCUGACUGCAGUCAUAGUGCUGUGUGUCCAAGUCUUUACAAACAUUGACCUGUUUCAAACCAAGUGCCAAAACAUCAUGGAAGAAAGAGACCAACUACUAACUAAGAUUACAAAUCUUUCACAAGAAAGAGACUGGCUGCUAAACAAAAACACAGACUUGGCAAAUGAAAGGGAUGAAUUAAUAUCCAAGAAUAACAACACGACUAAACAAAGAGACCAGUGCAAUCAAGAGAAAAAUGAAAUAUUGAAAAGUCUUCAUGAAUUCGAUGGAUGGAUUUACUUUAAAUUCAGUCUUUACUACAAUUCCUCUGAGAGGAUGAACUGGACUGAGAGCAGAAGAUACUGUACAGAGAGAGGAGCAGAUCUGAUUAUUAUUAACAACAGACAGGAACAAGAUUUGUUUUGUAAUGGUGGUGUAGUCUGGGUUGGUCUGGGUGACAGUGAUGAAGAGGGCACACGAAAAUGGGUUGAUGGCAGCACAUGGACUCCUAGGUUGUGGGAUCCUCAAGAGCCUAACAGUUGCAUUGGAAUAGAUGAUGACUGUGCUCAAACUGAUUUACCAGGAUUGUCUAAUUAUCCAUGUGAUAAUGCUUUUAGAUGGAUCUGUGAGAAGAGCAUUUUAACCCCCAUACUGCCCUAGUAACAUCAUAUACCUUUUGUUUAGAUAGAUCAAGUUCAUUAAAUAUUUGUGUAUAUCUAUAUAUGUAUAAUAUAUGUUUUGUAUCAUAAUGUGAUUGGAUGAAAAAAAAGGGCAGAGAACAGAUCACUAUAUUCCACCCUGUUAAAACUUUACAUUUUAACUCUGCCUUUCCUGAUUUGUGCUCAUCUGCUGUUUCAGCAAAAAAAAAAAAAAAUAAAAUAAAAAAUGGUUCAACACCUAUAUAGUCACCUAUGGUUUUGCUUUACAUGUAUUGAAAAAGGG